AUGGGAUCUAGAAAACGGAGAAGUUCUUCCCGUAAGUAUUUCAAUCUUUAGUCAGUGAUCUUCUGCGAAAUUAAUCGUCAAAAGAACAAUUGAGAAAGUUGUUGAGCGCCUGAUAAACGAGAGAGAGAGCGCAUACGUUUGCACUUGCGUAGAACCUUGAUUUCCACGACAUGCGGUCUCGCGCCUUGGAAGCCAUUCUUUUUGUCCUCGGUGAUGCGAUCGCUUGACGCAUUUUACGCUCUUUUUUCCUACGCACUUUCGAUUUUCGAUUUUUUUGCCUUGUCAACGGCAGAGAUUUUUUCAAGGUCUGUAUCAAAACCUUUGUUUCUUUUUUAACUGAUAAUAAACAUAUCUUUAACAUCUCGGUUUCAAAAAAAAUUGUUCAUCCAACUAUCAAAACCCCAAGUUAACACGUCUGGGCUUCUCAUGGGAUCUUUCAUAAAUCUGCCCAGUUCCGGUUCACAUGAGAUAACGCCUUUUCUGGGCUUCGUUUGUGAUAAGAUUUUCGUUUCUUUUUUUCAUAUGAAAAUUCGAAAACUUUCUUCUAGUUUCCAUUCAUUUUAAAAUUUUGAUUCGUAGUUUUUUUUUGAUUUCUCAUUCGUUUUAGGAAAAUGGGAGAAACUUGAUUCGCGUCAUUUUAGGUUUCAAUUAUUCUAUAAAAGGGAAUAUUUUUACAUGUGUGAAAAUUUUGCCAGCCUAGUCUCCGUCACAAGCAAAGUGCAUAAACUUAUUUCACGUGAGAUAAUAGUAGAAAGUAGUUCAAACUUUUUCGCAAGUAAAUUUAUUCUUCUUUAGAAAGUUUUCCAUAUGUAUUUUCUCACGGCCAAAUUAUCAAAAACAGAAAAAUGUGUAUGGGGUUUUCGAUGUAUAAAUAAGAUAUGAACUGCAUCUUUCCCGAUUUUUUUUCUGUCUCCCAAUCGAAGUAUUGCAUCAUCAGUAUGAAAUUUCUGCAGAAGGACUCGAGGGAGAGACACGAAACAAAAACUCAAAUGCCUUUGUUUAGAUUUUCUUGUGAGUAUUGAGAAACGAAUGAUUUCAUCUUUUUAGGGUUGGCUGGCGGCAGCUCGGCAGAGGGUAAACCGAUGGAAGAUGGCUUCUCGUCGCAGUUGCUAUCGGUGCUUCUGCAAAGAGAGCGCCGUCUUCUACAGGAUCUGCCGCAGCGAAUGCCGCAGGGCGACGACGUGAUCGGCUGGCGCGAACGCAACCGCGAGGCCUCGUGGACCUGCUCUGCCGCGCGAAGGCUAGGCCUUGGUCUCGACUCUUCAGCUCUUGCCGUCGCUCUUCUCGACCGCGUCGUCCUCAACACACGAGUCCCGUCCAAGUCUGUUAUUCACAUCUUUUUGAGAAAUCAAUUCGCUUCCAGAUACAUCAACUGUGUCGCCGCCGCCAGUUUGAGUAUCGCAAAGAAGAUCUGCGAAGACCAUGAUGAGGCAAAUUCCCACUUAUAACCUUCUUUUUGGGUUUUGACAGGAUUGAUCAUGCAGUCGAAUUACAGGAUUCGUACGUGUUCUUGGGUCGUCUGCGGCUCGAGUACAGCGCCAGCGAGUUGAAGCGGAUGGAGCUGCGGAUCCUGAGUCUUCUGGAUUGGGACGCCCAUCUUCCCACCGUCUAUCGCUUCGUCGAGUCGUUCCUCUGCCAGAUCGGAGCCGCCUUCUUCCUCGACUUGAUAAGGUAUUCAUUGCUGCAAGUUUAUAUGGAAGUCAUGAUGAUCAGGCGCAAGUCAGUUUUCUUUUUCUAUGGAGCGACGGAAACUUCCCUUUGAACUCGUAAAAAGUUUCAAUUUCAUUCAAUAGAUUAUUCGACAAUUUUUAGGAUAAUUGCAUCCCAUCCGACUUUAUUUCUCAGUUUUUUUUUUUUUUUGAAAGAAUUUGGGUUUAACGACAAAAAAAAAAGUUGAAAAUGAAUUGGAAAACACCUCAAAAAGAUUUUUGAAAGAAGAUUCUUUUCAGUUCCAUCGGUCGUGACUAUUUCACAUGAGAAUAGGACAGACGAUUAGUUUUUUCGUGAAAAUAGUCACUAGGGAACUACUCGGUUCGAAGACGAGCUUUGAAUUCAAACUUUGGACUCAAGUAAGAGCUCUUGGAAACAAGGGAAAUUAUCUGCUAAACUCGUCGAGUGCAAAUCUUUUUUUCCAUUUUUUUCUUGAAGAGAAAAAAACUUUGUAAAAAGUGCGAAAUUCGAAUAUAAUUUAGAGUCAAUAUAGUUAUCAUUUUCGAAGAAAUUCAGAAAAAUAGUAAAAAGAGAAAAGCGUUUUAGCUAUUUUUUUGCCUUUUUAAAGGUUUCGUUUAAAAUUGUAAAAUUAAAGCAAAAAAAUAUUGGCACUCGGCAGGAAUCGAACCUACUCAAAAAAGUCAUAAGACUGGCCCUCUAACCCCUGAGCUUCGGUGAGAAGAUGGUCCAGGCACAUGCAGGACUCAUCCUCGAUUUCUUCGAGGAACUUUUCUCAUGAGCCUAUUGGGGUUCAGCAGAUAAAUUCUGUCGUUUCCAAGAGUUCUCACCCGGGUCUACAAGCCCUAUUCAGAAUGAAAGUUUGGUUUAAUUGACACCUAUAUUCCGUUGAACACGGAAAGAGUAGAUUUUUUUUGAGGAUUGCGUUCCAUAUAAUGUUAUAACAGCUUCAUCCAUGAGUAAUACAGAAAAAUUAUUUCUGGAAACUUGGGAUGAACUUUUAGUGUCUUUCCAAGUAGCUUCUGUUCUCAGACCUCACGUAGAAGCACUUCUCUGCGAGUCACUGCUCACAGCCAAGUUUCGACCCUCGGUUCUAGCAUUGUCUCUCGUGUCCAUUUUGCUCGAAUCAUCAAAUCGGCAGUACCAGCAAACUACCAACGCGAUGGCCAAGUCUUGCAAAGUGAGUUUUCUGCUUAUCGUGGUACGAGAUGAAAAAAGAGUAACAAAAUUAAAGAAAAAAUAAAUAAACCGGAAAACGAAAGUAGAUCCCAGUCAUAUUGGAUUAUUGUUGAUUUUUCUGAAAAAAAAACCUCUUAAAAAAAGAAAAAAAAUUUUCCACUUUUUUUUUUUACUAUCUUUUAUAGAUUAUCGAAAACCUUUGAUUUAAAAACUUGAAUCGAGCUGGAUGAAACUAAAGCGGCUGUGAGUUUCAGAUCGACAUGUUCGAACUGAACCGAUGUCGCGGUAAGCUGUUAUCGCUCUGGACACGACUGCUGCUGCCUAAGCUGACGCCGUUCGAAUUGUUGGCGCCGCAGCUCGAAGAAGGCCUCGAUGCGAAGGGCGAGCAGUUUAGAUGUCUGGCGCCGACGCCGACUGGCCAGUGUCCUGCUCCGACGUCCACACCUGAUCUCGCCUCUCCGAGGCCUCUCCAACCUACGCCAUGUUGA